GUUUGCAAAUGAACAGUGUUGUUGUUUCUGUUAUUUCUUGCGGUUCGUGCUAAAAUUGAUAGACGAAGUAAUGGGAAAAAGAAAAAAUAGAUUCAAAAAGAGAGAAAUAAAACGUAAACUUCGACAGCAGAAUAAAAAGCGCAUCAUUUCGCCGCGCAAAUUGAGCAAACCACAUACUCUUGCUACAGCUGCAAACACGUGUCAGUCCACUGGGUUCGCAAAGCCUGCUGCGACUUCAACGCAAGUUUCCGGUGUCAUUUGUUUGGCGCCCAACAUCAAUAACCCUAUAAUAAAUACACAGAAGGAUUCAACGAUGGCGCCGCAUCAACAUCAGUUCAAGAAAUUCAAGGAUAACGUUGUUAUCAAACCAGUAAAGCGCCUAAAUAAUAAUAAAAAGAAAGGUGACACCAGUUACUCACAGAAGUUGGUAAACUCUUUGAAACGCCGCGCAUUAAAUUCAAAGAAUAAUCCACAACGGAAUGGAAUUAAACGUAAGUUGGAUUUUAAGAAUUCAACCGAGCUGUCGAAGCGGCAGUUGCCGAAGCCAAAGUUUUACGUCACCAAAAAGCAGGCUCGAGGUUCCAAGGCGCGUUUGAACAAAACUAUUGAAGAAGGGGAAAUUAUUGAAGAGAUUGAGAGUAGCGAUGACGAUGACUGCAUUCUAAUCACUCCAGUUGUGGAUAAAGUCAUUAUUGAGUGUGAUGAAUCUGCCGAAUCACAACACGUAUCAAAUGCGGACAUUCCCAGCUGCAGUUUUGUUGUCGACAAAACCGGCGACUACCAAAAGCCGUUGCCUUCUAAUAAUGGUUUUAUGUAUCCCACCAAUUCAAUGGAUGCUUCGCUUAUCGCAAUAGAUGAUAGCCUCGAUUCGGUGAGCAGCGAAGAAAGCGAAGAAGAAAUUACCGAUCGCAAAACAAACCUAGUCAAGACUGAGCCAAAUACAUCGGUCAAUGAUAGUGUAAUAUUUGUUAAAGAAACGAUGGCGACUGAGGAUUUUAUACCGUUACCAGCUGAUGAGAAAUCUAGUCCAAGACGUGGCAAGAAACGUAAAAUUAACACAGUUAAUGGUACGCCUAAGGUGAUUAAGCGUAUGAAUGAAAGUUUAUUUACCACGACGGAGCGCAAGAAAUUGGCCGAUUACAAUAGCAACACCUAUAAUCCGGGCACCACAGUCAGCACAGCGGAUUCCAAAAAGCGGCCCAUUAUUAUUGAUGGCAGCAAUGUGGCAUUUGCACAUGGUUGCUCUAAUGUAUUUUCUGCGGAGGGCGUAAAAUAUUGUAUAGAGUAUUUCCUGAAAAUGGGACAUGAUGUAAAGGCCGUCAUUCCACAGUUUCGCCGCAAUCAGCACAAAUCCUCAAAUCCCGCGUUGCUCGAUCAACUCCAUAAGGAUAACAAAAUUGUGUUUACACCUUGCAAAAAUUUACCCAAUCAACAGAGCAUUAGCUACGACGAUCGUUUCAUUUUGCAGUUGGCUUACGAAAAGAACGCAGCGAUUGUUUCAAAUGAUAACUAUCGUGAUCUGAUACAUGAGAAUGCGGCAUUUAAAAAGAUAAUUGAGAAUCGCGUCAUUGGCUAUUCGUGGUGCGAUGAUAUUUUAAUAUUACCAAAAGAUCCGUAUGGAAGAUUUGGACCUCCUUUGGAUGAAAUCUUACGUUGUUAA